UGGCAGCUCUUUCGCGCUCCUACUUUACGCCGUGUGUUUGCGAAAUUUCCACCGUUACCUGCGUGGAUUAUCGUCCUAGUUCACUUGAGCCAAUCUUUUAUAACAUAGUUGGUUAUACGAUCCUUUUUUUAUAUUUAUUAUUUAAUUAAGAAUUUAUCGAUAAAUAAGUAGAUAAUUUGUCAAAAAAAUUACAAAAGUCAUGUAGUUACGUUGCCUUCUGACGUUAACACAGAUAGUCAUUCAGCUCUAAAAUAAACGUCAAAUACAUUUUGGGAAGCGAAUUGUGACAUCCAUUUGAAAAGUUUAGUUCGACAAAUAUCCAGCAGCUGUCAGGCAUAGGACCUUGAGCGGUAGUUUAAAGUUCCAUCGCGAAUUUCUAUUUGUUUACGUUUCUUCUCAGAUGUUAAUAUUGGAAUGCUUAUAAGUGUCUAUUUUGAUAUUUCAAACAAGGCAAUGUUAAAAGAAAGUUUUCACUAUUUCCUAUGGUUUCUUGCAUCUGAAAGAUUUACUAAUCUUAUGCUCUAUUGGAAAAAAGUCAAAUGAUUGUCAAAGAUAGGUUCAAUUUCAAGUUGUACUUAGGAUUACAUAUUAUUAUGGAAUGGGUAAUUCAAAUACAAAAUGCCAUCAUUCUCAGCGACAAUAUUCUAGUCAAAUUUUCUAUUCAGCUCAGCCUUAAAAAUAUCGCCAAAGGUCAAUGUUUCUCAGUUCAUAGUAAAUCUCACGAGGACCUUAAACCCUGCAGUAGAUUCUCUCGCAGAAGUAGGAAUGAUGAUGCUUAUAGUGAUCCAUUGAAAUUAUCUAAAACUGCAUGGCCUGUACCUACAUUUGAAGUUAUUUUUUUACCAGAAUUUCCAAUUAAUGAAACACCAUUGAUGAAUAGUUACGCUAUAAUUAAUAUCAUUUCUAAAGGAGCUUAUGGAAAAGUAUACAAAGUACAAAAAAAAGAAACAAAAGAUAUCUUUGCAUUAAAAACAAUAAGUAAAGCUAAGAUAGUGUCAGAGGAUGCGAUCAAACAGGCAAAACAAGAAUCUUCUAUACUCCAAGCUGUUGGUCAUCAUAAUUUUAUUGUCAAUUCUCCUGACCGUUGGCAAGGACGAAAAGCACUAUUUAUAUUAACCAAGUUCAUUAAUGGCGGAGAACUAUUCUCUUUAGUUGAAGAAUAUGGUUCAUUAUCUGAAGAAAUUGUAAGAAUAUAUGUAGCUGAAGUAGCACUAGCUCUAGACUUUCUACAUAAUGCUGGAAUUAUUCAUCGAGAUUUAAAAGCAUCCAAUGUUUUACUUGAUUCUGAAGGACAUGUUGUGCUAAUUGAUUUUGGUUUAGCAAAAUGGUUGCGGCCUCUUGAGCGCACUUUAACAUUUUGUGGAACUUUUGAAUAUAUGGCACCAGAAAUAAUAAAAAGACAAUAUUAUGGUCAUGAAGUGGACUGGUGGUCGUUAGGUGUUUUGAUGUGUUUUUUGCUAACAAAGAAGUUUCCAGGUAAAAAUAUAACGAGAGAUUUACUGGAAAAUGGCGAGCUUGCGAUAGUAACUUUUGGGAGUUUGCCCGACGACGUAGACAACAUUUCAUUACAGGCGAUUGAUCUUUUAAAGAGACUGUUGCAACCAGAGCCAAAAAUGAGGAUUAAAUCAAUUUUAGGAUUACAAAGAAUUGCUUUUUAUAUGAAUCACGAUGUUCGAUCUUAUUAUUCAAAAAAGGUGUCACCUUUCAAUUUGCUUGGUAAAAAAAUUGAAAAUGCUCCAAUCGACAAAGAAAAAAAUGUGUUUUUGGAUUUUGAUUCUUAUGUGGGAAUCAACAAUGCACAUUGUACGUAAAUACUUUCAUCUCACAGCAGAUUACGAAUCAAACGUUAUUGAUACUACAACUUACAAAUAACAUUAAUGAUUGUAAAAUGACCAACUUCGUUACGAACAAAUUGUAUUUCUAUCCGUCCACAUAGUUAAGAUUUAUUGAUACCAUUUAAUAAUUAUUAUUAUACUUUACACAGAUGCCAUAUAGUUUUUAAUAAAACUUAAUUGAACACAUUUUAAUUUAAUUUAUGUAAAAAUAUAUACCUAGCAUAAAUACUUGAAUACUGUUUAAAAAUCAUACUAUGACAGUGAACAAAAAAUAAAAUAACGUUAUUUCAGUUUACAAAAGUUUUAAUCUUUUUAAGAAUAGUUAACAGUAUUUUUGUUUAUUACAAUAUUUCAUCGACAAUACAGUAAAUAGCAUAAUCGUGGUGCGUACAAACUAAUAACAAAAGGUAGAUUUUGAAUUGAAAAAACGCAAUGAUUCCUUCCAAAUCGUUUGAAUAUAGUUUUAACCGACAUUUUCGUUUAUUUUGAAUAGCAACGUCGAUUAGCAUAUUAAUAAAUUUUGACUUUAAUUUCUUUUGCUUCCCUACUGUAAACUUGAAACCCUCUUCAUUGAAAUUGAGUUAUCACUUCUCCUUUUCCCCUUUUCAUUGAAGAUUCAUAUUUUCAUUAGGUUUCAUUUUUAGUAAUAAAUUAUAUACAAUGUUCUUACACUUAAAUGAGCAUUACUGCUCUAUCAUAUAAUACAUAAUUUUGUUUCGCUUUUGCCACUUUUGUCCAAAAAGCUGUUUCUUCGGCCUAUGAUUUAUUCAUUCAUGUUAUUUAUCUUUUGCUGCUUCUCGGAAAAUUACACAUUCUAGUUGUAAAAUAAUAAUUUUUUCUUGUAAAUAAAAACAUUAAAGUUAUGCGUGAUACAUGGCAAAGAACACAAUUAUUGUAACUCGCAGAAAUAAAGAUGAUGUAGGGAAAAUUUUACUAUAACUAGACAGUUUAAUACGACAAUAUUUCAACUUGGUACAAAACAGAUAUUUUAAUGUAAUUAGCGAUCUUGAUUUAUAUAUUUUUUUUAUCUAUACACAUUUCACGUUUAUAUCAUCUCUGCAACACUUAAUUUAACAGAGUUUUCAUUUUGUUGAAAAUCACACUAUUGAUGCACAUAUGAAAUUUUUAAUUACAACUUUAUUUGUAUCGAACAAAUAGUAAUUUCUACUGUUAUCAAUUAUUUUGUGCCAAGGUAAAUAGUAUUUUUUCUUUUACUGAUACUACUGCAUUAUUUGUAUUUUUAUUAGCAUGGAUUACUUCCAUUUUUAUAUUUGUAUCUACGACAGCAAUCAACUCUUUUUAGGUAACUCCAUAAGGAUUAAAAUCUAUUUUUUGAAGAUGUUCUGCUAGCGUAAUAGCUUUUAUUCACAAGAACUCUUAAUAAUACAUUUGAUAAAAUGUUCACUUUAAAUAAUGAGUAUAAAAUAACUUUAGGAAGAACUUGAUAGUACAAGAACACUAACCCUUGGUACAUAGAGAAUAAAAACAAGUCAGAAUUAUAAAAAAAUUGCUAGGUAUUUGUGAAAUUAUUUAAUGUAUUUUAUUUCGUUUUAUAAAAACUCGUAUUGAACAUGAAUUUUAGAGUUUUUUAACAUAUAGACAAUAAAAUCAUCCAGAUUUUUGCAUCAGUAAAAACGUUUCAAUGUAUAUUAAAUAUAUAAAGACAUGAGUUACAAUAUUUCUUUAGAAAUAUUUGAACUUUCAUUCUUAGCCACGCAUAACAGCACAUAAACACAGAUUUAUAUAAAACCAAACAUACAUUUUACUGUACGGUUAUUUAUAACUGAUUCAUUUUAUAUUACAUUGGAUUUUGCAUCACAAGUCAGAAAUUUCAAGAACAAGCAUUUUGUAUUAUUGAGCUUAAAUAAUCAUAAAUAGAACUAUCAUUAUAUCUACGAUAAAACUACAUAGUUUAGGUCUACAGUAUAUUACAGUAAGAAAUGAGUGUCCGUCCAGGUAACGAUACCAGUGAAUAAACUAUUUAUAUUUUUCCAUUGGUUUAUCACCAAGUAAACCACAAAAUUACAAGCAAAAUAAGAAGGAGUUGUUUUGUCUAAUAUUUAAAAAUCUUUUUUCACAAUGGAUGUAGAAAUGUAAUUUAAUAUUUUUCGAUCCUCGUUGCACGUUUUUGAUUUUAUAAACACAGUAGUUAUAAAUGCUAUCGAAAUCAGAAAAUUUAAUUUAUUUUGUUAAGAUCAAUGUUGAUUGUUGGAAGAAAUUUUCAGAAUCUAGAAAUCGCAUUAUUAGUUGGAUUCAUUCGCGAUAAAAUUAUUUAACUUAUAAAUGAAUUUCAUGAAACGUGAAAGCAUUUCACUGCACUUACAUAAUUGUAAUUCCAUAAAUCUAAAUGUUACGAGCUCAUAAAAUAAAUCCCCGAUAUUUAAAUUUUUUUUUAUAUUGGUUUUUGUACCAAUUUCAUUUUUGUAUUAAUUUGAAGCUAAAAAUGUGAUGGCACUAUUUUGUGUGUUUUAUAUAUAUAUAUAUAUAUAUAUAUAUAUAUAUAUAAUGUAUAUAUAUAUAUAUUUUUAAAAUAUUUUUUGCAUUGCGUAAUAAUGAUUUUUUGUAUUUAGCACAUUCAAGUUUUUCAAACAAAACUAUCUUUCAUCUUCACUUGUAUAAACGUGAAUACACAGACACGAUAAAUUUAUGCAUAAAUUUAUUAAAUCUUCAGCAUUAUUAUUUUUUAUAUUGCAUCUGUUAGCUUGUACAAUUAAUUUUAUAGUACAUAAAUGCAAGAUGUUUUGCACUGGAAAUAUUGCACACAUGCUCCUUCUAUCAUUGCAAUAGUUACAUUACCCUUAACGCGGAAUCAUAUAAUUACACAUAUGUUUCUUAUGUCAAUAGUGCAUCGUUCGAGUAAGGACGUCAUAUCAAGUAUUAGUAUUUAUACAUAUUAAUUUUUAAUUCGUCAUUAAUAUUCAAUCAUUUAUGCUUAAUAAUGUCGCAGAAAAUGAUCACGCAUUUUUUCUUCAACUGCGGAACUUAAAUAUUACUUAUUCGCUCGCUUUAUUGUGUAGAAUAUUUUUAUGUAUAUAUUUACAAGAAUAAAACUUAGCAUUAUCGCUAAGCCUAAAAUAUGUUUCACUAAUUGUGUUGUAAUUUCAUGUUCUCUCAUGCAACGUUUUACAUAAACAAAUGUAUAAAACGUAGGAAAUUGCUAUGCAAAAUAGGAGUAUUUAUGCACAUCCAUCGUAACUUUAUAAUUAAAUACAUAUUUUACUUCAAAAUUAGAGUAUGACGCAGUAAUUUUUAAUAAACAAUAAAUUUUUUUAACAAUAGUCGAUAAAAUAACCAUUCAUAAAACAAUUAUAACGGCUACAGUCGUUAAAUAAUUGUGCUAACCUACACUUGUUGUUCUGUACAAGAUAGUUGCGGGAUUAUUUUAAUUUAUAUAAUGGAAAUUUGUGUAUUAUAUAGUUAAACUUCGCAGGGCUCAUUGAAACAAUCGAGACAGAAAGUUUACGAUUUCAACUGCAUUUAUGGAAAAUACGAGAUAUCAUUACAUUAAGCAAGUAUAUAGUCGACGGUAUUGCAUUCGCUAAGAAAAAUAUUUUUCACUUCAAAAAACACGUUUGUUUGUUUCAAAAAAUAGAGAAAACUUUUUAUUUUACUAAUAGUAUCAUCAGGACUGAUAAGUUUAAUUUAUUCAUUGACCCGUGACAAAGUGUUUCCUAUUUUUUAAGCAGACAAGUUGUUUUUGCUGGGGUAGAAAAAUAUUUUUUAUUUUUUAUACUAUACAUUCACAUUCACAAACAUUAGAUAAAAAACAUGUAUUACAAUUAAAUAUUCUUAAUGAAUAUGCAACAAAUUAUUUUUAACAUUUUGACCACAAAACUCAGUGUACAAAAAAUACUUCAUGAUGUAUUUAUAAAUUAUACAAAAAUACAGAAAAAAGUUGUUUAUAACAUAAAUGACGUAGGGUUUGCUUUUUUAAGUCAAUGGAAAUUAUAAGAUCAUUUAUUGAAAUAAAACCUCAAAAAUCCAAAGGACUUUGACUAAAUACAAACUAGGAAUGCGGCCGUCAAAAUGGCCAUCUUGUAAUUCAACACAAAAUUGUUAUACCUACAAUCCGGUACAAAAAUGUCCAUUACGGCGUAAUGUAGCUAAUGAUCUUUUUCAAAUAAAUUAUUGUUUACUUGUGUAAUAUAAUAUAUUUAAACAUAGUAAUUUAUCGUACAGUAUCACUUUUAUAUUCGUUUCUAUUCAACACACAGAACAUUAGAAAAUCGUAUCAUUCUCAUUCAAACUUUAUUACAUUUUCAGUGAAAACUGUAUUUUUUCAAUCUUUUGGCUUAUGAUUCGUAUUUAACUUAAAAUUUUUU